AGGAUCGGGGAGCGGCGCCGCCACCCACCCACCCCAUCGCCUUCGACCUGCUGCUGCUGCUGCUGCUGCCGCCGGCGGGGCGACCCAGCCCGACCCCCUCUCCUCGUCUCCCCUCCCCCUCGGCCACGAGAAGCGGCGGCGGAGGCAGCAGAUCGGAGGGAGCUGAGCAGGGAGGGAGCGCUGAGGUGUCCCCCCUGCCGGGUGGAAUAGGAGGCGGCGGCGGCGCUGGCGGUGGCCGCGGCGGCGGCUGCGGAGACUGAGACGGAGACGGAGACGGCUGCCCUAGUGGGAGAGGCGGCGGCGGUAGCGGCCGCGGCGACGACGGCGAAGGGUUUGCCUCUGCACAGUUUCUUCCAAGAGAAACACCAAGAAUGCAGAAAACUGCACUACUUCACAAUAACUCACAAGCUGGAACCCUUCGGAUGCCCACUUCUAUAAGCAAACUUCAGAUCAUUUUCAAAAAAAUGCUUGGACAGAAGAGAUGAAUACUAUUUUCACUAAGGCCUAGAACUGCCUAUUGAACAACAGUCCUGAUUAGGCAGUAUACGAAUGGCCCAAGGAAGCCACCAAAUUGAUUUUCAGGUUUUACAUGACCUGCGACAAAAAUUUCCUGAGGUACCUGAAGUUGUUGUGUCCAGGUGCAUGUUACAGAAUAAUAAUAACCUGGAUGCCUGUUGUGCUGUUCUAUCACAAGAGAGUACAAAGUAUCUUUAUGGUGAAGGAGACUUGAAUUUUUCGGAUGAUUCUGGGAUUGCUGGUCUACGAAAUCACAUGACUUCUCUCAACUUGGACUUGCAAUCACAAAAUGUAUAUCACCAUGGAAGGGAAGGAAGUAGAAUGAAUGGAAGCAGGACUCUAACUCACAGUAUCAGUGAUGGACACCUCCAAGGUGGUCAGUCCAACAGUGAAUUAUUUCAGCAGGAGCCACAGACAGCACCAGCUCAAGUUCCACAGGGCUUCAAUGUUUUUGGAAUGCCCAACAUAUCCGGUGCUUCAAAUUCAACACCACACCUUGGAUUUCACUUAGGCAGCAAAGGAGUAUCUAACCUUUCUCAACAAACUCCCAGAUUCAAUCCCAUUAUGGUAACUUUAGCCCCAAAUAUUCAGACUGGUCGCAAUACUCCUACAUCUUUGCACAUACAUGGUGUACCUCCACCUGGACUUAACAGUCCACAGGGAAAUUCUAUCUACAUUAGGCCUUACAUCACAACUCCUAGUGGUACAACUCGGCAGACACCACAACAUCCUGGAUGGGUGUCUCAGUUUAAUCCUAUGCACCCUCAACAAGUCUACCAGCCUUCACAGCCUAGUCCUUGGACUACUUAUCCUGCAUCUAAUCCAGUGUCACAUACCUCAGCGCAACAGACAAACCAGCAAGGCCAUCAGACCUCUCAUGUCUAUAUGCCUAUCAGUUCACCUACUACGCCUCAACCACCAACAAUUCAUUCAUCUGGUAGCUCACAGUCUUCUGCCCAUAGCCAAUUUAACAUUCAGAAUAUCUCAACAGGACCUCGCAAAAACCAAAUUGAAAUCAAACUUGAACCCCCACAAAGAAACAAUUCUUCAAAACUACGUUCUUCUGGACCUCGGACCUCUAAUAAUCCCUCCUCUGUCAAUAGUCAUACAUUAACUCGAAGUCAGCCCACUGUUUACAUAGCUGCCAGCCCCCCGAGUACAGAUGAGUUGAUGUCCCGCAGUCAGCCCAAGGUCUAUAUUUCUGCUAAUGCCACCACAGGAGAUGAACAGGGUAUGCGGAACCAGCCUACGCUCUUCAUAUCAACGAACUCGGGAGCAUCUGCUGCUUCCAGGACUAUGUCUGGGCAAGUAAGCAUGGGCCCUGCCUUUAUUCAUCACCACCCACCCAAGAGUCGAGCAGUAGGCAACAACAGCACUGCAACUUCUCCUCGAGUGGUGGUCACUCAACCUAACACAAAAUAUACUUUUAAAAUAACGGUUUCUCCAAAUAAGCCCCCUGCCGUUUCACCAGGGGUGGUGUCCCCAACCUUUGAACUUACAAAUCUUCUAAACCACCCUGAUCAUUAUGUAGAAACAGAGGCUAUUCAACACCUCACUGACCCUGUUUUAGCACAUAUGGAUAGGAUCAGUGAGGCCCGGAAACUGAGUAUGGGAUCUGAUGAUGCUGCCUACACGCAAGCUUUACUGGUACACCAGAAGGCCAGGAUGGAACGGCUUCAACGAGAACUUGAGAUUCAAAAGAAAAAGCUGGAUAAACUAAAAUCUGAGGUCAAUGAAAUGGAGAAUAACCUAACUCGGAGGCGCCUAAAAAGAUCGAAUUCUAUGUCCCAAAUUCCUUCACUUGAAGAAAUGCAGCAGUUAAGAAGUUGUAAUAGACAACUGCAGAUUGACAUUGACUGUCUAACCAAAGAAAUUGAUCUUUUUCAAGCCAGAGGACCACACUUUAAUCCCAGCGCAAUUCAUAACUUUUAUGACAAUAUUGGAUUUGUAGGUCCCGUACCACCAAAGCCCAAAGAUCAAAGGCCCAUUGCCAAAACACCAAAAUCUCAAGACGCAGAGGAAGAUGAGGGAGCUCAAUGGAAUUGUACUGCCUGUACCUUUUUGAACCAUCCAGCCUUAAUCCGUUGUGAACAGUGCGAGAUGCCAAGGCAUUUCUGAGCCACAAGGCCCAAUAUCUUCUCUAAAAAACCAUAACAGAUUUUCAAGGAACUGUUCUGUCAUUGGGGGAAAAAUGUUUCGUUGAUACAUAGGAUUUUGCAAAAUUGAAGGUGUGACAAGAUGGUGUUUUGCUUAUGUUAAAUGGCAGCCCACAGAGAUAACAAUACCUCAGUGUUGUGUUGCAGGCAGUUGAAAUUCAUCACAUGAAAGGUAAUCUACUGAAAGACUUGGUUGCAGCUGCCUAAACCAUGUACAGUAUUACCAAUAUCCCAUUAAGGAUAACUCUUGUGUUCAAUACGUGGGUGUUCCCAAAACAACUUUUCCCCCUAUGUCACUACUGAAUUUUGACAGGGGAAAGUAAUAGAAUGGUAGCUUUUUUUGUUUUUUAAAGCUUUCAGUGAAACACUACAUAGAUGGAAAAAAUUAAAAAGGAACAAGAUUUAACUAUUUAAACUUUUGCUGCCACUUAGUGCCAAUGGAUAGGGGAAGAACUUGACAAUUCUGUGGUACUCUUGGCUUUGUCUUUGUCUUCCCUGAAAACAUCUCUACUCUGUGAAGUUAGCAUCAGUCCAGUCAUGUCUGAAUAUGAGAAGGGAAAUAGUGUGCAUUGUCUGUAGAGGACAAAUGGUGAAAUACCCUUGCUUUUCUUACUGUACAUAGCUCUAGAGCCUGCUUUAAGUGACUUCUUUUCUUUAUUAUUUUCUCGUAUUUCUCUAUGUAUAGUGUAAUAGUCUUUUGUUAACUUUCUUUUUUCCCUUUUAGUGAUUAAGCACGAUCAUGUCCUUUUUUUUAAAGCUUUAUCUGAGAGAAGCAAUGCCUUAAAUUAAAUAAAAAAAAAGAGCAUUAAUGAAAUGAAACUAUGCACAAAAUAACUUUACUCAUUCUGUGCCUUGCCCUUGUAAAUGCUGUACUGUGAAGACCUGCAGAUGCAGCAUGGUAAAAAUGCAGGAAAUAUGGGAAGAUUUAUGCAUUUAGUUCACUCUGUACAAUGAAUUUUAUGGUGGGUGACUCAGCAGUGUUUUGUCCUUCACAAGGCAACUUAAAACAACAGAUUAUCUUCAACCUACCAAGAGAGCAACAAGAAUAAGCUUGCUUCAUCCGCCUGGGGUGUUGCAGAACUUUCAAGAGAUAUUUAUUGAGGAAGUACACACAAUAUCAAAACCAGCAACUGCAUCACACAACCUUCCCCCCCCCCCCUUUUUUUUUUCGAGAGAACUUUAAAUAUUUUACUGUUUGGGCAAUCAGUUUCUAAACCUGACUUGGUGGCAAUGUCACAUAUAUUUAUAAAAUGAGGCUAGCCAUAUUUAGGAAAACAGAAGAAAAGCUGGAAAAGGAAAAGCCAACAAGCAGACUUGAACACUGAAGCAAACCUCAAGCAUCUCUUUAUUUUUUUUUUUUAAUAAGGAAAACUACUCAGAUGAUCAGGAAUGUACGUAAUUGAAUGAAAUCAAGCAAAAGGAAUGACAGUAUGCAUUUAUAAAGGACAACAUGAAAGGAAUUCUGUAGCAGCACUUAGGAUGAGGCUAAAGGAAGUACUAAAAUGUAGCAAAAGGCAAGAGACAAAGUAAACUGUCAUCCACAAUAAACAUUUGCGAGUGGACAUUUUAAAACGGAACAGGAUUAUUACAGUCGUAAGUGAAUGCAAAAGCCUUGGCUUUGAGGGCUUUGCAUUUUGUAGAUGGGAAGAAAUAUGACAAUCCCAAGUAGUUAGGCAGAAGAACCAAAGCACUUGCAUUUGAUGCGUUUUGUUUUUAAAACGAGGCCUUGUUUUUUUUCAGCUUCAUCUGCAGUUCUAUGUGAAGAUUGAUAAAUCAGUUUUUACCUGUUUUAUUAAUAAAACCUAAUUUGGAUAUCUUGAGUUGAUGGUUUUGUGAUUUAGAUGGGCAAACUGUCUUUGUAACAGAUAAGUUAUUUAUAAAAAUUAAAAAAAGUUAUAUUCUAA